ACUCAGAAAUCUCAGCUCCUGUCUCAUCUUGCUCAGUUGCAAGAUGAAGCUGGGCAAGGCCCCGGAGCUCCUGAAGAAGGCGGCGGCGGUGUGCAAGAGCAAGACCUGCGUGCUGGCCGCCAGGCUCCUGGUCCUCGCCUCGCUCCGCCGCAGGAUCGCCACUGUCGGCGCCAUCUCGCACGCGCUCAUGGCAUCCGACCGGGACAAAACACCCAACAAGGUCAAUUGCGACGUCAAAGCGCUCGUCGUAGUGCCGCGGAAGGCCAUGGCCACUGUCGGCCGGAAGCCGGUCAUCGUCGGCGAUCUCUCUGAUCAGUUGGCAGUGUUCGACCAAGAAGACGGUGACUGGACGCUGCACUCCCUCUUCGACGACGACAACUGCUGCUACACCGGCGACGAGUACGAGGACGAGGAUCAGGACGGAGAUGAUGACGAUGAUGGCGGUGUGCUAGUGGAUGAUGAGGAGGAGGACGAGGAGGAGCCGUCGGUGAUGGAUGUGAUCAGGAACAGCCGGGAGGUGGAGGGGGUGGAGUUCAACAUGGACGACGAGAUCGACCAGGCCGCCGGCAUGUUCAUCGCCAGGUGCCGCCAACGGAUGAACCGGAGCUUCUAGAUGCAUGCUCAUGUUUUUCCUUAAUUUGUUGCACUGACCAAAGUGAUAAAAGUAGAUCGACUUACCGUAGCUAGUCGCUAGAGUGACACGAAAUUGGAGAUGAACAUGUUGUGGUAGUGUGUGCAUGCAUGCAUGCAUAUAAUACAGCAGUGUUUUAUUGUAGUGGAUUGGCAUUAUACCAUAUUACUACCCAGUUUUCUCAUGUCGUGUUUGUUUUUCCAACUGAAAUUUAUGCAUCUCGAUGUCUCUCA